GAUAUGGUGCGCUUCUGCAUCUUGACAAGAAUAUUUGCUUUUCAGGUAAUCUACACCUGAGAGCACUGUUAAAGUGAGAUUUCUGUUGAAAAAGCAAGUCUUAUGGCUUGACUGGUGUGUGUAUUUGUGUUUAGCAAUGUAUUUACUAUCCACAGAUGGAAGAGGUUUUCAUCCACACUUUUUCCCCCACCACAACUUUGUUGCUAUGUACUUUACAAGUAACGCCAAGCCUUCAUUGCAAGCCAGUAACCAAUCUCAUACUGAUGAGUUGCAUUAACAGCUGUCCAUGAGUGGGUCACUGGCUUUGCUCCUCAUCCUGAGUUGUGUUUCAAAGAUGUUGUAUACAGCAUACACAUACUCCACGGAAUCCAUGUAUAAAGUGGAAUUAUGAUAAACACUGGCAGAAAUUGGCGUUCAAAUUAGUUUUAUGCAUGUUUCACACACAAACAAAUAUUAACACUAGAUUUGGCCAGUGUUUGUGACCAAGUAGCUACUAAAAAAGACUGGACAUACCCCAUUUGCAAUACCUUGGGUUGUCUACUAUUGCAAAUUGUAUGCCAUCAUGGGGGUAAUUCUCAUUAGUGGGCUACCAAUACGGUCUCAAAAGCAACGUAACCAAUCUGGUGAAUUUCAAUGUGAAAAAACUGAAAAAAAUAACAUGCUAUAUUUGACCCUGUAACUUCCCAAAACACCACGAAACCUGUACAUAGUGGGUACUGUUUUACAUGUGAGACAUCACUGAAUACAAUGGCAUGUAGAACUAAAAUAAAUAAAAUAUCAUGUAGAACUAAAAAAUUUACAUAAUUUCUUAUUUUCUUCCAUUUGUUUAUAUUUUAUUCAUAUUAAAUUAUGUUUCAUAGGUAAAUAUUUGAUGCUAAUUUAAAGUCCUGUUUCUCCUGAAUAAAAUUAUAUAUAAUAAGUGUGGGUGCACUUAAUAUGAAAGAGGUGAAUUACGGUUGAACAGACAUAUAGUCAAAUUCCAGGUUUUGUUUACGUUUUGUUUUGAUCACAACGUGUACAUUUGGCUCAAUCCUUAAGGGGUUAAAACAUAAAGACAUGGUCUGGAAAUUAUAAACAUAUUUUGAUAAAAAUAGAAAUUAAUGUAAUAUAAUCUAAUAUACAGGACAUAAUCAAUGGAUGGCGCAUUGAAAUCAGAACCUUGUUAAAAGAGCAUAACUUCCAAGCACCAGGCUAGAGCAAGCCCUGAAAUUUCAGACACUAAUGAAUGAAAACAGUCAUAACAUGCUAUCACGCAGGAAGGAGAAAUUGAACUGAAAAUUCCACUGUUCUCUGGAAGUAUGUAUUCCCUAAUGAAAUAAUGUUCAGUUCUUCAUCUUGCCUUCUUAGCUACUUACCUGUAGUUACAGGAAACCAAAAUAUCAGACUCUUAACUGUAGCAUACACUGUAUACAGUAUUGAUAACUUACAGGAGACAAAUUGUUUAUAUUUGGUCUUCAACUUACCCACAACCCAAGAAACUCUGAAUGUAAAGGUGGUGGUAUAGGGUUUCUCCUCUCCCCUCACUGCUCCUUUAAACCUCUACCCACCCCCCUUCUCUCUCUUUCCCAUAAUUUGAAAUACAUUCAAUUUGCCUUUUCAAAGCCUUCUCUGCUAACAUUGCCGUUAUUUAUUGUCCCCCUGGUUCCACUCUCCUCUUCCUUGCCUGGCUACCUUAUGUCCUCUCUUCUAAUAUUCCACCCCUAAUUCUCGGGGACUUCAAUAUUCCCAUUAACCCACCUUUGACCUCAGCAACCUCCAAACUACUUUCAAUUACUUCCUCCCUCGGGUUAUCGCAGUGGACUAAUUCUCCCACCCAUGUAGCUGGCAAUACCCUUGACCUAAUCUUCUCUUAUGCAUGUACAGUAUUUAAUAUCUGCAACACUCCAUUUCCUCUCUCUGAUCACCACCUCUUAUUGUUUGCUCUUGUGUACACCCUCACCCAACAACCUCAGCCUAACCCUCCUCCACUCAGGAGGAACCUUAAUUCUCUUGACUUCCAGCAGCUGUCAGCUGCUAUUGAUUCACAACUGCUAUCCAUCCCUUCCCUCUCCUGUCCUUCACUGGCCAUCUCCGCAUAUAACACUACCCUCACCUCUGCCUUGAAUGCUGCAGCCUCGCUCCAAACAAGCACCUCGAGGAGGACACACCCCCAACCAUGGCAUACUAAAUUAACACGCUACCUGGAAAGAUGCUCUCAUUGUGCUGAACGCUCCUGGAGGAAGUCUCGCACCCAGUCAGACUUUCUCCAUUAUAGAUUCAUAUUGUGUUCAUACAGCGCAGCCCUUGCCCUCGCCAAACAGUCCUACUUUUCCUCUCUCAUUGGUUCAUGCUCCUGCAAUCCCAGGCGUCUCUUUAACACCUUUAAUUCUUUUCUUCGCCCUGCUUUGGCCACCCCCCAAACUAACCUUACUGCCGAUAGCUUUGCAUGUUACUUUACCAACAAGAUUGAACAGCUAAGGAAAGAAUUCUCCCCUCCUUGCCGUUCUCUUUCUCAACCACACAUAGAUCAUGCCUUUCCUACCCUUCAGACAUUCUCCCCAGCUACUGACCAAGAGGUGGCUGCUCUUCUCUUUUCCUCUCACCCCACCACUUGCCCGCUCGAUCCUGUCCCAUCUCACCUUAUCCGAUCUCUCUCCACUUGUCUUGUGCCUUCCUUAACACACAUCUUCAACUGCUCUCUCUCUCUUCUGGCAUUGUCCCUGCUGAUCUUAAACAUGCCACUGUAGUACCUAUACUGAAAAAAACAUUUCAUGACCCGUCCUCCCCCUCUAACUAUCGUCGUAUAUCCCUGCUCCCUUUUUCCUCAAAGCUUCUGGAAAGACUUGUCUUUACCCGUGUGUCUCAUUUCCUCAAUUCCAACUCUCUCCUUGACCCACUUCAAUCUGGCUUCCGCCUUCUCCACUCUACCGAGACUACACUUAUCAAAGUUACUAAUGACCUAAUUGUAGCUAAAUCCAAAGGCCACUACUCCAUACUAAUUCUUCUUGACCUCUCUGCUGCCUUUGACACCGUUGAUGAUGCUCUCCUUCAAACUCAUCAAUUGCUCGGUCUAUGUGACUCUGUCCUCUCAUGGUUUUCCUCUUAUCUCUCCCAACGCUUAUUCAGUGUCUCCUUUUCUAAUGACACAUCCUCCCCUCAUCCUGUCUCAUUUGGAGUCCCCCAAGGCUCUGUACUUGGUCCCCUUCUAUUUUCUCUUUAUACUGCCUCUCUUGGCAAACUUAUUGCCUCUUUUGGAUUCCACUACCACCUGUGCGCUGAUGACACCCAGAUAUUUCUCUCCUCCCCGGACCUCUCUCCUGCCGUCCUGCAACGUGUCACUGCUUGCCUUUUUUUCCAUCUCUGACUGGAUGUCCUCCCGAUUUCUGAAACUCAAUCUCUCUAAAACUGAGCUCCUUGUCUUUCCCCCUCCUAAUACUGAUCCUCCUCUUUCGCUCUCCCUUCAAGUUAGUGGUACCCACAUAAGAAUUGUUCAGUGCUUUAUAGGUGUGAAUUAGUACCUCUGUCAGGCCUUCCUGUACGCUACCCACUCUGAAGUUUAUGGGUAUAGACCAUAUACCCCCCUCAGACAUGGGGGUGAUCGAAGUAAACUUCUCCUACAACGUGAAACGUUUUGGAUAAAAACUUUGGACACAGUAUAUCCCAGAGGCUUGAACGAGAAGUACACAUUAUCUGUUUCUAUAGUACAUUUUUUUGUUUCCCUAUAGGAGUUAAAUAUACGGUUUAAUCUAACCCAAUAAUCCUAAGCAUAUUUGUUUAAACAGCAUUGUGUAUAGAUUGUCUUGUUGCUAUAAUUUGAUUUAUGCUCCCCUGCAUACAUUGCGUAUCAUUCCAUUGCUUGUUCCAUGCAUGGUAAAUAGGCUAUUACACAUAGCUUGGGCACACAUACUAAUCAUGUAGGGGUUAAAUACCCUACUAGACCACCACACUCCAAUGUUGUGUGCUAUGUACCCAAGAGAUAACACCACUCAGGUCACACCUUGUAUAUAAUCAUAAAUAACUAUGCAGGAGACACUAUGCAAUUCAACACUGGUCACUUUGUUUGCCCAUAUUAUUUAUUAAACUUUAGUGCCUUAUGCAUAAUCAAUGUAUUAACAUGGUAACAUCUCCUGCCUUGAGCUGUUGUUUUUAUUUAUUUCAAAAAAUCAUGUAUGUCUAUAUUAAAUGUGUUUUUUAGAUCCGAAACAUGAGAUAUGCCCACCCUAAUUGCUAUAAGCAUAGAGAGUUUAAGAGUAGACUUAUAAACCAGCUCUUUCCUCAGUUACAAAGGAACAGAUACACCCUUUCAGUGCUGCAUUGGAUGAACUGCUCCAGCACUCAAAGAGUGAAUUUACAGUAUGAUAAUAGAUUUUGGAUUCCUGAUGGCCCUUCCAGCCUGUUAUACGGUUUAAAAUAUAUGAACACCGACAGAUUAAUUUUUGCAACAUUCUAGACUCUGUAUCCACUCCUACUUUACCCUGAGCUCAAUCAUGAUUGUAGCUACUAGGCCACAAGGUGGAAAGCAAUCAGUCCAGUUGGAUUGUUACUAAGUAACCUGUAGCCCCGCCCCUUUUCUCGGCCUUGCACACAUGGCCUUGCAUUUUAUUUGAAAAUCUCUAUAAAGUGCUAGGAGUGCAGUCAUUUCUGCUAUAUAUAUAUAUACACACACACACACACACACAGGGCCAGACUGGGAGAAAAAUUCAGCCCGGGCAUUUUUUUAUCACAGCGGCCCACUAAGAAGGGGGCAGGGCAGAGAGGGUGUGUUUCAUCAUCACCAAUGACAAACACGCCCCCUCUCAAAGUGAGCAUGUUGGUUCAAUGCUCUUCCAGGGCAGACCAUGCGCAGAGCUCUGCUAAAGAGUUCUAGCAUGAGAAAAAAAAAAUCUGUAUUUGUUCUGCACAGUGCAAGCAAAUUUAAUAACAUGCUUGCACUGUGUUUCCUUGCAACUUGUCUCUGGUGUCUCUAUAAAUGGAAACCAGAAGACAAAAGGGCCAGGAAAGAGUAUUGUGUGUGUGUGUGUGUUUGGAGCCUGCUUGUGGGAUUGUGUGUGUGUAGAGUGAGUGGAUUGUGGUGUGGUAUUGUGUAAUAAGGUUGGUUUUAGUUAUGUUGUUUUUGGUGUAAUGUAAUGCAUAUGUGGCUAGGGGCUGUAGAGAAUGUGUGUAUAGGGGAUGUAGUAAGUGUGUGCAUACAUGCUAUAGUGUGUGUGUGUAUGUAUAUAGGUGAUGUAGUGUUUGUAGGGGUUGUAGAGAGUGUGUGUUUAGGGGUGUAGUAUGUGUUUGUUUACAAGAAUCUAGUGUGUGUAUAAGGGAUCCAGAGUCUGCAUGUUAGGAAUGUAGUGUGUGUGUGUGUAUAAGGGAUUCAGAGUGUAUAAAGGGAUCUAGUGUGUGUAUAUGAUCCAGAGUUGGGUAAGGGAUCUAGUGUGUGUGUUUAGGAGUGCAGUAUUUGUGUGAGGGGUUCAGUGUUUGUGAGGGGUGCUGUAGUGUGUGUGUAUAUGUAUAUGUGUAUAUAUAUAUAUAUAUAUAUAUAUAUAUAUAUUAUGAAUAUGUUUGGAAGUAUUGUGUGUGUGUGUGUGUGUUUGUUUGGUGUAGUGUGUUGGGGUUCUGUGUGUAUGUGUGAGAGGUGCAGUGGGUGUCUGUGAGGGGUGUAGUGUGUAUGUGAAGGGUGCAGUAUGUGUGUGUUAUGGAUGCCGUGUUUGAGGGGUGCUGUGUGUAAGGGUGAUGUGUAUGAUUUGUGUGUGAUUUGUGUGUGAGGGUGCUGUGUGUGGGAUUUCUGUGUGUGGGAUUUGUGUGUGAUAGUGCUGUGUGUGAGGGUGCUGAGUGUGAAUGUUAGAAUGGAUUGUGUAUUUGGGGGGAUUGGAAAUAAAAUUAAAAAAAUAAGCAGGCAUUAUAUACCCCCCUCCCUUCUUACCGUUAGCCUGGGAGAGGUGGACCGGCAUGGUGGUACCAAGGAGAGAGGGGGGAGGGACCGGCACUCUCAUAUCAUCCCUGGUGGUCCAGUGGUGAGUGAACUCUAGCCUGCGGACUAGAGUUCACUCUGACGAGAUCGGGGGCGUUGCCAUGGCAAUGCCCCCGAUCUUGUGAGACGAACCCGGAGGAGCUGCAAGAUAGAGCUCCGCCGGGUCCUCCUCUCCCUCUCCAGACGCAUGUCUAUUCAAGUGGGCCGGUGAGGGAGAUCUUUAAUCUCCCCACCGGCCCAUCGUGGCAAACAGUGGGGCCGACACUCUGAUAGUGCCGGCCCUGCAUAGACCGGCAGGGGAGGUCAUGUGACCUCCCCUGCCGACCUUGGCCCAUGGCCACUGCGGCCCACCGGGGCAUUUGUCCGGUAUGCCUGAGGACCCCACGAUCACAUGGCUGGGGGCUGCUGGAUCGGGCAGACCCCAGGAUCGCAACCGAAGUCAGGGGAACUCCGAAUGUUUACACUUCCUUUAUUGCAAAUGCUGUGUAAUUUAGAAUAUAUUAUCUCCUGCUCUUUUAAUAACUUCCUAUAUGUAUGUAUCAAUUUACAGACUUAGAGAUAAACAGUUUUAAAGUAAGUAACACCUGAUUGAAAAUGAAACCAUCUUUUUUUUCUCAUGCAAGCUGUGUCAGUCACAGCCAGGGAUUUGUGUCUAGGGCUGCAUAAACAGAAACAAAACUCCUAAAUGCUAAAGUUGUUUUGUUGACUAUAGUGUUCUUUUAAAUUGUCCUUAUGAGAACAAACCAACCACAUACUUACUCUGAACUUAUCGUCAGAUAGUGAUUAGCAUUUUACAGCAGAGCCUAUGGUGAUUUUAGGAUUUUUGUACACAUUGUUUUAUCUGCAAAGAUAAUAACACCACUCCAAGCAUAUAAUUCACAAAAGUACAUCAAUGGAAUGUUAGGAGUGAACAUCACUUAAACAAAUCUAGGUACAGAGAACAUGUGAAAAAUGUUAGCCAAAUGUUUGUCACAAGCUAAAAUAUUUCAUUAUGCAGGUUGACUCCACAGCUUAAAUCCAUAUAUUGGCUGGAAAGUCCAGAUAAUAGGACACCCAGAAGAAUCCCUGUGAACAUCAGAAUUCAUGCCAGAAGUAGUGUGACCUUCUGUUCAGAAAUUUUCCUUAUUGGUCUGUUAUCAUAUAAAAUAUUGCAUGGAAGUUUAAACCUGGUAGAAUGGUCUAAGGACUGAAGACACUUGCAAUACCCAGCAUCAAUAUUACAUGGAGAAUAUGAGCCUUCAGAGAGUAAAUUUUAUUGCAGAAAUUAUAAUGUCCCACCUGACAAACAUACAACACACAUUAAAGGGAUUGCCAAACAUAAGGUUCCCAAGGGAUCAAAUAGCAGAAUACUGAAUAUAAUCUCCAAGAAAAUAGGCAAUGGAGCAGAUACACAUACAAUCUAAAAUAAAAUGCUGCAUUGAUAUAACAAAAAGCAUAUUCUCUCAAUUAUACAGAUUAUGUUUUAGAAAAAUCCACUCUGUUCUAAAGGAAUUUCUAAACCAACUCUAGUGUACUAAGCCUAAAACCUAAAUAAAAAUUAUAAACCAGACCAGAAGUAGUGUAUUUGCAGAGUAGAAUCUUGCUGAAAUAAAACAUGAUUACUAAGUUGUGGCCUGGUGAUACAAACAGCUUCAAUUCACAACUUUUAUAUCAAAGUCAAAUUUCCUUUGACAAAGUAAACUAUACCAAUGAAAACAGUCCGGUAAUUGUUUCAGAGAGGCAACUUAGUUGAACAUAAAUAAGGGAGAAGAAAGGAAACACAACAUAGCAUAAAUAUGUAAGGAAUUUAUGUAAUAUGACUACAUUUGAUUGAUGUAAACUCACAUUGAUGAGAGGCUCUAAUAGGACAGGCUCAAAUCACAGCAGCUUCUGUGCCAUCUGGUGGCACUUUACCCUUUGAUGGCGUUAACAGUUGCCCUCAGAGAAAUAAAGAAUUGAAAACCUCUAUGGUGAAGUACGUAAUAUCAACAAGGUGUUUGAAUUAUAAAGUGCAAGUUUUUGCUCACCUUUUCCAGAGCCUAUGAAACCUGGCUCUGGGUAUAAUCACUUAGGUGCCAAUGAAGAGGGCACCACCCUUCUAUAGGAAGCAGAAGUGGAGGAAGCCAAGAUAGGGCUAAAAAGAUAUAUUUAUUAUAAAAUUACAACAUACACAAAAAUAAAAGAAAAAAGAAAAAUAAAAGAAAAAUUGAACUUUAAGAAUGAAUAAAAAAUUGUCCCAAAGUAGGCUCCUCUUGCCGAGAUGCGUUUCUCCCAAUAAACUAGGCUUUCUCAAUCGAUAUACAAUCACAGCUGCUUUCUCCUGUCAUUAAAUACCCCUGACUGGUGUUUCCAUAGGUUCGUUUGAAUAAUCCUUGUCCAAUCCAUUAGCAGAGUCCACUUAUACAUAGUGCUCUCAAUUAGUUAUACCACGUACGGGCGGGCUAGGUGCAACGUCAUUCACCACAUCACCUUCCGUCUUGAUUCGCCCAUUUUCCUCCAGGGCAUCUGGCCGUCUCGGUACUCACCAGAAGUGACAUAUCGAGAUCUGACGCAACGUCACUGCCCCUCCAUCAUUAGUUACCAAAUGCAUGUUGGGAACUGUAGUCCUUUUCCACUGUCUAAGAGGACAGACAGUUCCUGGUAUCGGUAUCAUGGUUGUCUCAUUCGGACGAUGAUGGAAUAG